GGAAGCAAUGGAAAUGGCGAGAGAACAUGACUGGAUUAUACGGAUACGUAGAACAAAAUUUUCAAUCGGAGGGGAACUGAUGAACACUUUGAACGUGGAACUUCACAAGGCUGUCAAGAAUCUCUCUGCUGAACUUGACGCCAAGGAUGUCCACUUUCUCAUGGAACUCAUUCAGAAUGCGGAAGAUGAGGAAUACAUGAUGGAUCCAUCGCUGGAGUUGGUUAUUACUUGGGAGGGCAUGAUGAUCACGCCCACGGGAACUCCUCCAAUGCUUAUUUUCAACAACGACGAAGUUCUUUCUUCUGAAAACAUGAUAGACUCCAUUUGCAGUUUUGGUCGGCCCAUCAAGAAAGUAGGAAAGAGGAAACGCGUUUAUAUUGGGGAGAAAGCUGCUAAAUGUGGGAGAUAUAACCUUCUGCAAACGUUCUGGAGCACAAAGAUUCAGAGAACUCUCAACGAUAGAUUAGUGACAUUACCUGUUGGUUCAGAUUCAGAUGGAGUUUUGCUGUCCGACAAGCUUGGUGUUUUCAUGGACUAUGAUUUUCAGCUGAAGGAUCUUUCUGAACGGAAGAUCGGUACUGUCCGAACUACAUCUCACGAAUCAGUGAAGAAGGAAGGAGAGUCCAUGGUACUGGAUGUUGCUCAUGAACUCAUGAAUCAGGUGAAUCCAAAGGAUGUUUUGAUUAGGAAAGGGUUAGCUGGGCUCAUCCUCGGUUUUCUAGCAGAUCCUAUGUUGAAGAUGGAAGCAGAUCAUGAGAGCCGACAUGAAGCCAUGAAAAGGCUUCUGAAUACGACUUUCAUGGAAAUUGUCGAAUUGAAAGUAAGCCAAAUGAUAGGUUGGGAUAGAUCAGAGGCCGCAAGCUCAAUGCUUUUCGCGCAAAAGUCGGAUAAAUCCAGUGGAUAUUAUAAGAAAAUAAUUGAGUAUGCUACAUAUUUCUCCCAAGCAUUAAUAUCGGAGGGUUUGUUAUGGGAAAACAACGAUCAUGAUAUUGGUGAACUCUCUGAGCUGAUAAAGUUGUGCUUCGUACUUGAAUUUAACGAGGAAGCAGUGAGAUUUCUGAUGAAGUCCAGGAACUUGCAGAUUUUCGUGGAGGACGAGGAGUUCCUCGCUUCACUCUUUCCUUAAUCAAUUAUAUAUAUACAUGCUUACGUACUGUAAACUUUACUAAUUUGUUUUGUUGUAGUUUUUAAUU